GACUGGGCUAGCCCGCAGGGGGUAAGGCGUUCCGCGUCACCCAUGUCGCCUGGAUGCACGUGCAGAUCCCCUCGUGAACAGCGUCAUUCAAUCAAUCCAGCAUGCAUCCCACCCAGUCAUGUAGUAGUCCCUCUGUAUGCACAUGUGCUCAAGUACAUACACUCAGGUACUCCCACGGACAUCCGACAGCAUGGAGUAAACUUGUUGCCUCACCAUUUCCCGCCCACCCGUACUUUGCAUCCCAAUAUGCAUUCAAGACGCACUUGUAACUCGCCCGCUCGUGUCACUGCAUCAUCCAUCCUCCUCUCCUUCUUAGCCGUUACCGGCGCCUGGGACAUCCUCCCCCCGCCACCAUUAUCGCCGAGCCCUCACGACGAUGCAGUCAAACACUUCUCGCUCCGCCAUAUAUUCCACCAUGGAGCAUACGAAUACCCAGAGCUGCACAGACGCCUCGAUGUUCCCCCGCACGCCACCGUCUGGAUGCUGGACGAAGAUGGAGAAGAGGAAGAGGAAAAGGCGGCGCGCCUCCCUGUCCCACCACUGCGUGCAAAGUCAGAGACGAUGCAUAUCCAAAGGCUAGUUGACAGGAGUAGACCGACAAUAGAUGGUAUACUAGAGUGGGGGAGGAAGACGGGGAAGGCGGUCCAGCUCCACGACGACGACUGGACCAUUCAUGAGCUGCCAGGCCCCAAUGUCACGGACAAGGAAACCGUCUUGAGCUUUGCCCGCAUGGCCUCAAAUGCCUACAUUCUAGAGCCCAAUACUGGCGACUGGGAAGAUGUGGGUAGCGGCUUCAACUACACUGAGGAUUUUGGAUGGGAAAAGGAUGGACUACGCGGACACAUCUUUGCGGAUACCACAAAUUCCACCGUCGUCAUAGGGCUCAAAGGGACCUCGCCGGCCCUGUUCGACGGCUCCGAAACUACCACAAACGACAAAAUAAAUGAUAACCUGUUCUUCAGCUGCUGCUGCGGACAGGGCGGACAGUACCUUUGGAGGCAAGUGUGCGACUGCCAGACUUCCGUCUACACAUGCAACUCGACCUGCUUGACCAGCGCCUUGAAGGCCAAAAACCGCUAUUACUACGCCGCACAAGACCUCUAUCAUAAUGUCAGUGCACUUUACCCGGAUGCCGAAGUGUGGAUGGCGGGCCACUCGCUCGGUGGCGCAAUAUCGUCCUUCAUCAGUCUGACGUACGGCCACCCAACUGUCACCUUCGAGGCCGUUCCCGAUGCCAUGCCUGCAGCACGUCUCGCACUCCCCGUCCCACCCGGCCACCAGAUUGGCUCUAUGCAAACGCGCGACAUGACGGGUGGUUACCACUUUGGACACACCGCUGACCCCAUCUACAUGGGCUCAUGCAACCAAGCCACCAGCGUGUGCACACUCGGUGGCUAUGCUCUGGAAAGUACAUGCCACACGGGCAAAAAAUGUGUAUACGAUACGGUCAAGGACUUUGGGUGGCGAGUGGGCGUUGGUACGCACAAGAUUGUGAGUGUCAUUAAAGAGGUUCUCGAACAGUACGACGCCCCGGCCUCGUGCGAGCAGUACGUCAACUGCACCGACUGCUACCCUUGGAAUUUCUUCGAAAGCAACGGCACCGAUCCCUCUACUUCUACUACCACAACGAAGACAACUUCGAAGAAGCACACGUCGACGACGCGCACCGAGACUUGCAAGACACCUGGCUGGUUUGGAUGUUUAGAUGAGACGACGACUACGACCACAACCACAACCACAACUACAUCCUCCUCCUCUGCUUCCUCUUCUUCUCAAUUCUCUUCGUCAUCGUCAACAUGCAAAACCCCAGGCUGGUUCGGCUGUCUUGACGACGACGAAAGCACAUCCACGACUACGACCAAGUCCCACCAAACAACGCCCUCGCCAGCUCCAGUAUUCUCCACCACCACUAAUGCACCCCCACGCCCGACAACCAAAUCUAAACAAACAGAAUGCAGACACUACGGCUGGUUCGGUGACUGUCUCGAUCCUGUAGACCCUACGACCACCACUGACACAACCCCGCAUCCGACAACUACAACCAAAUCCAAACAACAAGAAUGCAAACAUCACGGCUGGUUCGGCGAGUGUCUGGAUCCUGCAGAUCCCACCACAGCUUCCUCCUCCCUCGUAACGUCCGUGUCCCCAUCACCAACGACGAAGACGACAAAGAAAGGGAUGAGCUCGUCAACGUCGACAUCGUGUACGCACGAAGCCUUCUUCGGUCUGAUUUGUCUGGAUGAUCCGACUUCUACAUCUCCUUCUACGGAGAAGAAAAAGCAUACAAAGACGAAACCUAAACACACCUCAUCACCAACAGCAGCGAAGGUGAAAGCCCAGUGGGAGGAGGAGGAGAAUAUGGAGAUGUGA